AUGUCAACCAACUCUCCGCCAAGCGGCCAGGGCGGCCAGCUUGAGCAGCUGAAGAAGGCGGGCCCCCCCUAUCCUCCGCAGGGCGCCGGCCUCGGCGGCCAGCCCACCAAGGCCGUCGACGUGCCCAUCUCGGCCGUGCUGCUCUUCCUCUUCGCCGUCUCCGCCGCGCUCAACAUGACCAUCUUCCAGAUGAACCGGCGGCGCGGGCACAAGUUCGUGCUCUCGGCCGUCGUCUUCGGCUUCUCCAUGGCGCGCAUCAGCGCCAACGUCAUGCGCAUCGUCUGGGCGUGCUACCCGCGCGACGUCUCCGUCGCCAUCGCCGCCAACAUCCUCACCAACGCGGGCGUCCUCCUCCUCUUCAUCGUCAACCUCAUCUUCGCGCAGCGCCUCCUCCGCGCGUACCAGCCCCGUCUGGGGUGGAGCCAGCCCCUGCGCUUCGGCUUUCGCGGCCUGUACGCCGCGGUCGUGGCGUGCCUCAUCAUGGUCAUCACCGCGGGCGUCUACAGCUUCUACACCCUCGACGUGUCCAAGCUCACCAAGAUCCGCGACGUGCAGCUCUUCGCCGUCACGUUCCUCGCCACCCUCGCCUUCCUGCCCAUCCCCAUCGUCGCGCUCGCCGUCCUCCUCCCGCGCUCGCAGCCCAUCGAGCCCUUCGGCACAGGCAGCAUGCGCACCAAGGUCAUCCUCGUCCUCUUCACCGCCACGCUGCUCGCCCUCGGGGCUGGCUUCCGCGCCGGCGUCGCCUACAUCAAGCGGCCCGCCGACCACCCCGCCUGGUUCCACCACAAGGCCGCCUACUACUGCUUCAACUACACCAUCGAGCUCAUCGUCGUCUUCACCUACGCCCUGUCCCGCUUCGACCGCCGCUUCUGGGUCCCCAACGGGAGCUGCAAGCCUGGCGACUACACGCGCGGCGGCAACGGGGACGGCGGCGCUGUCCCGGACGACGACAAGGACGCCGUCGUCGAGGAGGGCUUCCGCGCCAGCACCGAGGAGCAGCAGCGGCGAGAGCAGCACCGCGAGCGGGACUGGGAGUCGCGGGCCCAGGCUGAAAUGGAAAAGGGAAUCUCCUCGUGA